GGGAGGCGGCGGCGGUGCCGCCAUGGCGGACGGCGAUGGCUUGGUGUCCGUGGACUACGAGGUGCACGGCAAGGUGCAGGGCGUGUUCUUCCGCAAGUACACGCAGGGAGAAGCUAAGAAGCUGGGGCUUGUUGGCUGGGUCCAAAACACCAGCCACGGCACUGUUCAGGGGCAAAUCCAGGGUCCGACUGCCAGGGUGCGGGAGCUGCAGGAAUGGCUCAGGAAGAUAGGAAGUCCUCAGUCCCGUAUCAGCCGAGCAGAGUUCAGCAAUGAGAAGAAGAUUGAGGCACUGGAUCACAAGGAAUUCCAGAUUUUGAAGUGACUUUGUCCUGGAAGAAGCAAAGUCUGGAGCAUGAGCUGCCCUCACAGAACAUUUCCUCUCUUCCUCACUCACUCAUUCAGUCAGCCAGUGUUCAGCUCUAGAGAACUUUAUUUUAUUGAAUUUCUAAUUUAUUGUUUUGCUGCGCUGUUAGUUCGAUGCUCAGCUUUUCGCAGAAUUCCAGUGGGUAGAGGAAGAGCCAUGUUGUCUCAGUUAAAGGGGUUGUUCAGGGCCACAACCUCUGUUUCCAAGUGUACGUGGUUUGGGGAGUUGUACAUGAGAUAGAUCUGAAAUUUGUAGUGUAGUGCUCAUGUGAAGGAAAUCACAGGGUCAAUGCCGAUAGAAAACAUCGCUAAAAACAUUAUUUCUGUGCACUAAAUGCCUCAGAAAAAAAAAAUUAUUUUAUUCCAGA